AUAUUUCUUUUUAUAUUUCAGGUGAUUGGUGAAUUUUUAGAAAACUGGAAGCAACCCGGAUUUGAUCCCGCGUCACAUCAGCUGAGAAGGUAGUUCGUGUUUUUGUGUAGUAGUAGUAUGGCCUGCGUUGAACUGAAAGCAGUCAGACUGAUGCAACUGCGACGAAGUGGUGGAGCGGUGCUGAAGAGAGGAGACGACGGCAACGGCCGAUCGCCACUGAAAGGCUCUUCGACGACAUCGGAGGAGAGCGAAAUGGUGGUGGAGAGCUACAGAUGUUCCGGUUCAGUGACAUCGGAGGAGAUGGACGGCGAUGAGGUGGUGGUGGUCACCAGGAGGAAAGGAGAACGACACGACGAUGACGUCGAUAAUGAUGACGAUGACGACUGCGACAUGAACGACGACAACGUGUUCUCUCCAGAAAUCUCGACCCUCCCAACGUCCUCCUCCACCCCUCCUCCUCCUCUUGCUGCUGCUGCUCCUGGUGGUGGUGGUGGUGGUGGUGGUGGCGGUGGCGGUGGUGUCUUGAAUCCGGAGAAGAUGAAUAUCCUCGGGGAGAAGAAGUCGGCGGCGGGUAGCGGCGGCGGCGGCGGUGACGUUGUGGUGGUGACGGGAAUUACAAGACGCUGCGGCAGUCGUGGCGGACCCAUCGACUCUCAAGCAGACGGAAUUCUGGGUAAAUGUGCAAUCAUGGCAGACACCAAAGACCCGAACUUGACUUCCGGCAAGCUCAGCCUCGUCAUCAAUAAACCUUUGGCUAACAACAACCACAACAACAAUAACAACAACAACAUUAAAAUCAGCAACAACAACAAUAUCAUCGUCGACAACAACAACAAAAACAACAAAGAGAUGCCAGCCAACUCCCCGCCCCCGCACAGCUUAUCCCCAUCUUCCUCCACCUCCUCCCUCUUCGUUUCCUCUCCUUCCUCUUCUCCAUACCCUCCCUCACCGGCGGCCAUUAUCCACGGUGGAGGCGGCGGUGGGUCGUCGUCAUCGGCGUCGGCGUCGGCGGCGGCGGCGGCGGUGGCGACCCCCGGAUUUUUCUGCCUGAAGAGCGGCGCCUACCCGUUGAUCGCGUCGCGUGAGCUGGGUACGCGUUCGGCCAGCUACAGCUCCGAGAACCCCCUGGACCUGCGCAACAAAGUCCCCGCCAUUCGACGCCGCUUCAGCGACGCCAUUACAGAGAUGCCGAUCCGCAAGAUGGCGCGGCGGAUGUUUACCAAUAGUCGUGAACGCUGGCGACAACAGAACGUUAACGGAGCCUUCGCAGAGUUGCGUCGGUUGGUGCCCACCCAUCCACCCGACAAGAAACUCAGCAAAAAUGAGAUUCUGCGUUUGGCCAUCCGGUAUAUCAAUCUGCUGACUCAAGUUAUCGACUACCAAAAGACAGCCGAAGACGGCGCCUUUGAAUGCGAGCCGAAGAAGAAGAAGAAUAGUAUUAUAGCAGACGCCGCUGGGAAACUUCGAGGCGGCGGUGGCGGUGGCGGGGGCAGUGGCGGUGGUGGUGGGGGUCGGCUUGCGACCCGCAUCGAGGCCAUAAUGGCUGUGAACGAGAGCAGCGACCCCAGUUCGAACCACCGGCAUCGGGUUUUUCAUCAACAGCAUCUCUACAACCCGAACCUGAACCGACAGCAAUACCACCACCAGCACCAACACCAGCAUCAUCAUCAUCAUCACCACCACCACCAUCAUCGUCACAACACGAACAACAACAACAAUACCAACAACAACAACAACAACAACAGCAACGAAAAUUUGAAUUGUCACGACAGACUCGCUGACGAGGGCGACGCAGACGGCAGCUUACAACACUCCACUCUAUCAGGAGCCCUCAACCACAACAGCAACAGUAACAACAGCCACAACAACCACAACCACAACAACAACAACAACAAUGUUAUCCACAUCACGAAAAUUGAAGACGAUUACAGUGAGGUGAUGUCCCAGGGGCCAUCGCCAGCCUCCAGUUAUUUUGAUGACACCAGUGAAGAUGAAUCCUGUAUUUGAACCCGCGAACUGGAUAAUUCAGUAUCAAGGCUCACCCUAUUUGAUUCCUCCUCCUCCUCCUCCUCUCCUCACCCCCACCCCAGCGGAUUCUUUUCUUCUGAAAUAUUCCAGAACUUCCCAGAAACUGAUUUUACACAAAAGAAUCAUUUUCUUUUUGUUUUCAUUUUUUUUUUCAAAAUAAAAAAAAAAAAAGAAUCCCUGUUCAAUUAAUUUCAAUAACGAUUUUGAGAUCGA